AUGUCAUAUCUAUCUAUCCAUCUAUCUAAGCCUUGUCAUAUCUAUCUAUCUAUGCCUUGUCAUAUCUAUCUAUCUAUCUAUCUAAGCCUCAUCAUAUCUAUCUAUGCCUUGUCAUAUCUAUCUAUCUAUGCCUUGUCAUAUCUAUCUAUCUAUGCCUUCCUUGUCAUAUCUAUCUAUCUAUCUAAGCCUUGUCAUAUCUAUCUAUCUAUCUAUCUAAGCCUUGUCAUAUCUAUCUAUCUAUCUAAGCCUUGUCAUAUCUAUCUAUCUAUAUAUCUAUCUAAGCCUUGUCAUAUCUAUCUAUCUAUCUAUCUAUCUAAGCCUUCCUUGUCAUAUCUAUCUAUCUAUCUAUCUAUCUAUCUAAGCCUUGUCAUAUCUAUCUAUCUAUCUAUCUAUCUAUCUAUCUAUCUAUCUAAGCCUUGUCAUAUCUAUCUAUCUAUCUAUCUAUCUAAGCCUUUCAUAUCUAUCUAUCUAUCUAAGCCUAAUCUAGUCAUAUCUAUCUAUCUCAGCCUAAUCUAUCAUAUCUAUCUAUCUCAGCCUAAUCUAGUCAUUAUCUAUCUAUCUCAGCCUAAUCUAGUCAUUAUCUAUCUAUCUCAGCCUAAUCUAGUCAUUAUCUAUCUAUCUCAGCCUAAUCUAGUCAUUAUCUAUCUAUCUCAGCCUAAUCUAGUCAUUAUCUAUCUAUCUCAGCCUAAUCUAGUCAUAUCUAUCUAUCUAUCUAUCUCAGCCUAA